AUGCCCUCUGGCUCUUCAUCGCAGCUGGACUCCACAGAGGGUGCACCCUUAAACAACCGGUGGUCUCACUGGCGCGAGGUUCCACGCAGCAUUCCGGACAGUGUCGACUUACUGGACACGGAAGAGGACACCGAGGACGAUGAGCUGGGACGUACUGUCCACAGUGAGUUAGAAAGUCAUGACGGCAUUGCAUUUAAAGACGUCGCUCAUGAACAUGAAUUUUCCCCUCAUGAGCGGGUCCGGAAUGAUAGACGUGAAGCCUGCGACAAUCCACACGAGGUCUCCUCUGGCCUUAUUGACAGCAUCAAUUCACUGUCUUCCCUAAGUGAUGCGAGUAUUGACAAUGAGAGAAGGACAUCUACUUCUACUAUAGCUGCAGGAGAUGGAGAAUGCAGCCUAGACUCAUCUAUGCCUUUGCUGCCUUCAAUGUAG